AUGUUGUGGAAUUUGUUAGAUCAGGAAAAUUACCCAAUCCAGACCGAAUGGUCAUCUAUGUGUACUGUUCCGAAAUUGCACUAUGGUGGAGUGUACACCCCGUACAAUCCAUUCGAGUCGGACAGUAAUACGGGUCAAGAUCCCGUGCAACGCGAGGCCCGAUCGGACACCCCGAACGAUCAAACAACCUAUACGUGCAACACAAACUGGUCUGCACUUCCUGGUUCCAACGAGGACCGCUACACGUGUCGUGAACGAAGACGAAGGAAACGGGCCUCGGCUCAGUAUCGUCGAGCACAUGCGGCCCGGGAACGGCUCCGAGUGGAAGCAUUCAACAAAGCGUUUGGUCAGUUGCGCACUCUUCUACCCACGGGACAAGGAACCGGUAACGAUACACAGUCCGAUCGAAGAUUGUCUAAAUUACAAAUUUUGCGUCUAUGCUCGGCGUACAUAUUCAAUCUGACCCAGUUGCUGUACGGGACUGCGGAACAAACCAAAUAA